UUGGUAGGCAACAAGAAUAAAAAACCACACAUUCACACUUCACUUUUAUAUCAAGGUCCCAAACUUUUAAUCAAGCAAAACGAUGUCAUUGAGCUUUAUUUAUUAUUUUUUUUUUUAAAUGAUACGGAAAUCCCUAACUAGACCUCAACCCUCGUGAUUUUUUUGGUCUUAUAUUUGCGAGCCAAACACUUAAGAGUUAGGAGUAGAGGGGAAGGUAAGGAAAUUCAUACGUCCAAGUACUCUCAUUUGGUAGAAUUUAAAUCUCAAACCUUUAGAAUAUGAGGUAAAAACCUUAUCAAGUAAGCCAAUACUUUAUUGGUUGUCAUUAAUCUUAAAUGCUUUUAAACAACUUGUGAAGAAACUUGAUCCAAACUUAUUUGCUAAGGGUCUUUUGGUAUCAAAAACACAUUUUCCGGUUUUUGUUAUUUUGUUUUUAAAAGAGAUAUGAUUUAUAAUGAAAUCAUAACUACAUAGAAUCUAGUUUACUAACAACAACAAAGUACAAACCACUUUUUCUGGUUUUGAUUUAAAAAAAAAAAAAAAAACUGAAGAGAAAAAAAAAAAAAAAAAAAGAUAAGUAACGACGAUUCAAAUUAAUAAGUCAGCUUGGAGUAGAGGCCAAAUCUUCAAUUGUAAUAACAAAACAAUAAGAAUCCUAGUAAGCAAAUGUAGAAAAUCCCCCUAGCACAUACAGUAACCCUGAGCAAUACUUCGUAUAUUUCUUUUAUAAUCUAAUACUUCAAGUACAGGACAGUUACUAUCCAAAGUAUACACACUCAUAUAUAUAAGCUUGCUGUACUUUGCACAACUUUACAAGUAAACUAGUUCUCUAUUGAACAUACACCGACAAGGUAAAGGUAGUAAGGUACUAGUUUUUCCAUUUCUAUUAAAAUAUCCAUUGAAUUGAAUAUUGAACUAUAUGAUUUGGUUGAUGCAAUCCCAUGUCCAUUAUAUGUAUAUAUGACAUAAUGUUUAAGUAAGAAAUAAAUAAUAUGCCCUGAAUUGAUUUUCCAUGUAAGAGGGGUUUAAGUGCAACAUCCCCCCUAUGAUUGCUCUGAAGCUGGUGAUGUUUAUUAUAUUUUAACUACUGUUUUCUAUUGAGAUGUGCGGUUUUCUGUCUUCUUUAUAUAGGUUUAUCAAAAACUUUGUUAACUCAAACUUUGGAUAUGAGUGUCUGGCCCUACAUAAGUUUCAGGAUUCUGAAUUGUUUUAUGAGUGCAUGAGAGCUUUGAAAGCCUUUGCUUCAUUUCAUUAUAAAGAAACUAUUGCUAGAAAGGUGGGUCUAGGCUCUUAUGCUGCUAGUGGUGUCAAGGCAUCCUUCAAGGGCAGUUGCUUCCACUCUUCCUUUCUUCCUCCAUUCAUCAUGAACUUUGCUUUACACCCUCUUGCAAGUAUAUUAAGGAGCAGCUAAAUUGGAGAUUGAUUGAAGAUUUUUUGAGAAGGAAUGAGCAGAUUUGUUCCACUACAACUAGUCACGUAUGAAGUAUAAGUUGGAAUUAUAUCUGUUGUAGUAGAAAUCUCGUUACUAUGAGAUAUCGUACAUAUACUAUAAUAUACCUAUA